GGAUGGAUGCUGAUGUGGUGAUGUCCCUCACUUUCUCCGAGGAGCUUGUUUGUCCAUUUCGCCACUUAACAAAACACAUGAUAUUUCAGGUUCCACACUCAGCUUGCUGGCUUAAGCUUGAUGCCUUUCUAUAUCUAUAAAAAGCAUCCUCAAUCUCCAUGGCUCCUUCCCACGUACCCAGCAGCUUGUUCUCAAAUCUUUUGUACAGCGUGCAGCUAGAGAAUAUAUUCUGAAGAGAUAUCGUCAUCAUCAUGAAUUAUUACGACCAGCAACAGCCUGAUUUUGUUGGUGUUCCUCAACAGCCUCAUGUUGGUGUUCCUCAACAGCCUCCUGUUGGUGUUCCUCCUCCUCAGUGGAAUCCAAAUUAUGUUGCCUAUCCUCCACCACCAGUAUAUCUACCACCACCGGUAUAUCCUCCACCACCGGUCAGUAUCCAAAUGAAUAACAAUUCAACGCCACAAGUAGAGUACGUCUACGUGACUCAAAAACAAGAAACGGGUUUACUCGAGAGCUGUAUGGCGCUGCUCUGCUGUUGUUGCAUCUUUUCCAUAUUUCCUUGCUACUAUUGCUGAACGAAGAAGCUUCAGCGAUUCAACCAUGCAUGGUCACUUCACUUUGAUCGCAAUAAAUAUGUAGGAGGCAUGAUUUUCCCAUACUUUCACAUAUGUAAAGAGUAUAUGUACGUUUGCGCUUUCUUCCAAUGUCUGAAUUGAUAUUUGAAUGGAAUAUACGCACAGCGCUGCAA